AUGAUUGACAGGUGCAUCCUCCAAAUCGCUCUCCUAUUGUGUUUCUCCACCGCAGCUCUUUCCGUGAACUACAACUUGCUUCGGUACCAACAAAGGAGCAGCAACUUGGCAUGUAAGAAUCUCCUGCGGCAGAUGCCUGGAAUCCCUCAGUAUUGCCUUGAGGACAGGAUGGACUUUGACGUCCCUGAGGAGAUUAAGCAACCCCAGCAGUUCCAGAAGGAAGAUGCCGUAUUGGUCAUCUAUGAGAUGCUCCAGCAGAUCUUUGGUAUUUUCAGAAGAGAUUUCUCAAGCACUGGCUGGAAUAAGGCCAUCAUUCAGGACCUCCUUGUAGAAAUCGAUGUGCAGAUAGACCAUGUGGAGACAAUCCUGGUGGAAAUAAUGAAGGAGAAAAACUUCACCAGGGGAGACAUGACCAUUCUUCACCUGAAGAUGUAUUACUUAAAGAUCGUGCAGUACUUGAAGUCCAAGGAGUACAGCGGCUGUGCCUGGACAGUAGUCCAAGCGGAAAUCCUCAGGAAUUUUUCCUUCCUUAACAGUCUUACAGAAUGCCUUCAGGACUGA